AUGAGCCCAAACUGCUCUAGAUCAACGGGCUCGACCUGCGAUAGCACGUCUUUUGCGCGUUUCCGGCCCAGUCUUGUUUUGACGAUCUUGUCCAAUCCAGAGAAUGCUCCCAUUCCAAUGAAUAGUAUGGUGGAAGUGUCCACGGUGUAUGACUCGCCAGCCCCGUCCAUGCCAGAUUCCGCCAGAUUACCGCCCUUUUUCGCAGUGACAGAUACAUUCGUGCCCUCUAUGAGCUUCAACAAGGCCUGCUGUACUCCCUCGCCACCAAUGUCCUUCGUACCGGAAAAUACUUGCGGCUUUGCCAAUUUGUCGAUUUCGUCCAGUACAAUGAUUCCUCGCUGA